UCCAAACUGUGAAAUGUGAAUCAUGUUUGAUGAAUUUCAAUUACAAAUUUAAAUUGCAUAUCAGACUGGGAUUAUUCGAAACCUGAUAUUAAUCAAAAAUUAAACCGAAACACCAUAUUUUGUAGUUAGAUUUCAAUUUCCUGAAGAUAUGACCAGGUCUAAAAUUGAGCUGGGUGACGUAACACAGCACAACAUAAAACAACUUAAACGUCUAAAUACAGUUGUAUUUCCUGUGUCAUAUAAUGAAAAGUUCUAUAAAGAUGUCCUGGAAGUGGGAGAACUUGCUAAACUAGCUUACUACAAUGACAUUGUUGUGGGAGCUGUGUGCUGUCGCAUUGACACUUCCGAUCACGCUCGCAGACUGUACAUAAUGACCCUUGGAUGUUUAUCACCCUACCGAAGACUAGGUAUAGGAACAAUGAUGGUUCAACAUGUUCUUAACUAUGUGGAGAAAGAUGGCAACUACGACAACAUUUAUCUACACGUUCAAGUAAACAACACUGGGGCCAUUGAAUUUUACAAGAAAUUUGGAUUUGAAAUUCAUGAAACAAAGAAACACUACUACAAGCGUAUUGAACCUGCGGAUGCACAUGUUCUCCAGAAGACUCUUAGACCAACCUUGACCAACGGAGAAGUAAACCAUGUAUCGGAAAAGUGAUAUUAGAUAUAACACCAUCUUCAUUCAUACUUUAGUUCAGUUGUAAAUUUGUUUUUGUAAUUGUUGACAUUUUCAAUAAUACAGAUAAGGAAUUUUCAUUGA